AAUAUUGCCACAGUUCCAGAAAAAUCUAUCUUGUUUUCGCGAGGGAACCCCCGACACAUAUAUUCCUUCUUCUCUCUUCACAUUGGUUCAGGCAGUGUAUCACAGUUAUCCACUCUGGCCAAAUCAUGUUGGCCUCCACACUCCUACCUUCCUCCAAGCUCCACCCUUCUCAUUUCGUUCCUCCCAUCACCGUUGCAGAAGCUCCUCCGAGAAACAGAGUCGCAAUCUUUUCCAAAUCCACCCCCAAACUCGCUUUCGUUGCCAGGGCCACCAAUGACGCUCGUGACGGCGCCGUUGACGCAACCUCUUCGCCGGGUGUUGAUGCAGUAACAAGUACAUCUUCUGGCCUUGGUGAUGGUUAUGUGGCCUUGUUUGUUCGUAUGUUAGGCCUUGAUCGUGAUCCUUUGGAUAGAGAACAAGCUAUAAUUGCCCUCUGGAAGUAUUCACUCGGUGGAAAGAAGUGUAUAGACACUAUAAUGCAGUUUCCUGGUUGUAUUAAUCUUGUUGUGAACCUCCUCAGAUCAGAGUCUAGUUCAGCAUGCGAGGCAGCUGCAGGCCUUCUGCGAUCAUUGUCUUCAGUCAAUCUGUAUAGAAAUUCUGUAGCUGACAGUGGAGCGAUAGAAGAGAUAAACAGAUUGCUGAGACAAUCUUCCUUGACUCCUGAGGUAAAGGAGCAGAGUUUGACUACACUGUGGAAUUUAUCUGUUGAUGAGAAGCUCUGGAUUAAAAUUUCAAAGACUGAGAUCCUUCCUGUAGCUAUUAAGUACCUUGAAGAUGAGGACAUUAAAGUGCAGGAGGCUGCAGGGGGCAUUUUGGCAAAUUUAGCACUGAGCCGUGUUAACCACAGCAUCAUGGUUGAAGCGGGUGUUAUACCGAAAUUGGCAAAGUUCUUAACAUCUAAUCUGGAAGGAUCUAAAGUUCUUAGGAAGGAAGCAAGGAACACAUUGCUAGAACUUUUUAAGGACAAUGAUUAUAAAGUUCUUGUUAUGGAGGAAGGUCUGGUUCCUGUGCCAUUAAUUGGUGCUGCAGCCUUUAAGUCAUUCAACCCAGGCUUACAUUUGUGGCCCACAUUACCUGAUGGUACAGAAAUUGAAAGGACCUCUAGACAGCCAUCGCGAUUUGGUGCUUCGGAAUUACUUCUUGGAUUAAAUAUUGAUGACAAGAAUGCUAACUUAGAGGAGGCAAAGAUCAGUGCAAUUGUUGGACGAACCCAACAACAAUUCCUUGCUCGUGUUGGAGCCUUACAAAUGGAAGAAAAAAUUAUACCUAAUUCUGAUUGCUCAAAUGAUCAGAGGUUUACACUUUUACCUUGGAUGGAUGGUGUUGCUCGUUUAGCACUGAUAUUAGAACUGGAAGACAAGUCUGCAUCAAUUAAGGCUGCAGAAUCAAUUGCCACUGCAUGUAUCAAUGAACAUAUGCGUAUUGCAUUCAGGGAGGCUGGAGUAAUUAGGCAUUUAAUAAGGCUUUUGAACUGUGAUGACGAAGCAGUCCAGUUGGCGGUAACACAAGCUUUGGAAAGGCUGUCUGUUAGCAAUAUUGUUUGCCAGGUAAUUGAAGCUGAAGGGGUUUUAGGUCCUUUAGUUAGCAUUUUGAAAUGCUCGGGGACAGUGGGAACUAUUGUGGAAAAGUCUUUGAGUAUACUAGCAAGGAUAUUUGACGCAACUGGAGUUAAUGGAUCUGAAAAGGCAUUUGGUGGAGCAAAAAGUGACUGUGUUUCAACCGGGUUUAGUAGUACUGAACAAACUGUAUCAAAAACAUUCUCAAGGAAUGAUAUACUGGAUUCUGUUUUCAUUUCACACCUUGUUGAGAUUCUGAAGUCCUCUCCCCCCAAUUUACAAGAAAAAGCUGCAUCUGUGCUUGAGUUUGUGGCAUUGACUGACCCAACUCUGGCCCCAAUUUUAUCUUUGGAUAUUGAAUCUGGUCUCAGUUCUGCUUUUCAGCAAAAGAUUUUGAAAAUUUCAGGGAACAUGGAAUCUGAUGCAGAAGAUCAGUUUUACGAAGCAUAUGCAAUAGAAUUUGAAGAAGCUGGUCUGGCAAUAUCUGCAGCAUCGCGAUUAUUGACAAUACUGCUCGAUUGCGAGCAGUUCCGCAACAAAAUAAAUGCCCCCCACUUCAUUGAUUUGCUUCGCGGAAUCCUCAGGUCCAAUAUUCCUCUCCGCAGCAAAGAUUGGGUAGCUGCAUGCCUCCUUAAACUGAGUUCUCUCUCUGGCUCCAUCACCAGUGUCUAUCCAAUCAACGUGGAAGUUACACUUUACGAGACAAUCCCAAGACUUCUAGAACAGAUCAAAACUUCAUUCUCCCCAGAAGCACAAGAAACGGCUGUGGUAGAACUCAAUAGAAUAAUAUCUGAAGGAGUGGUAGAUUCCACAGACGAAGCUAUUAUUUCAGAGGGGGCAAUAAGCUCAUUGGUGAUGCUGCUUGAAGAAGGUAGUGAUAGGGCUGUUGAAGCAAGCUUGGCAAUACUGCACAAUCUGAGUAUGAACAAUGAGAACCAUUCAGCACUGGUCGCUGCUGGAGCCGUGCAGGUCUUGAAAAGAAUUGUUCUGGCAAACAGACCACACUGGGAACGGGCACUUCUUUUACUCAGGAUUUUGCAACCGUGAUGAGUUCAAGGGUGCAAAAUCUUGAAACAGUUUCCUCGUAGUAUAAUCCACUUUUUUUUUUUGGUUUAAUUGUAUAAUUUAAUACUUCAAAUGUGUAAAAGAAAAUUCUAUGCUUUCUUAUAGACAGAACGUAUUUGAAAGUAUUCUGAGUUUUGCUGUCUUAAAUUU